AGAAAAAAAUCUAUCACCACAUCUCCUCAUCCCUCACUGUUUCAGUUCAGUGCUGUUCCCCUGUUCAUCUCCACUCGUUCCUCGCCGGAAAAUCAAUCGUUUCCCGGCGACGGAACUCAAACUCGCCGGGGAAAAUCCACAUAUUCUACUCUUAAUCCGUUUCCUCACUAAAAAUGUCAACAAUUCCAUCCAUUUCCAGCUCUCUACCUCUCAAACCGCACCUUAAGAGCCCCAAACCUCUGUUAAACCUCCCUAAUACACGGAAGAAAAGUUCAUUCCCGUUUCGGAUUCCAGAAAUUUCUAGGCGUAGUAGUGGCGGAUUGCUAAAGGCCGUUGCAUGCUCAACUUCCUUCACCGGGAAAGUCGGGUGGCACAGAAGAGACGGGAACUUGUCUUGGCUUUCUUUCGGUAAGAACCAUAGGAUCGUAGCAGCUGGAGAAGGAAAGGCUGAUAGCUCGAAGGUGUUGUCCGCGUUGCUUCCCUUUGUUGUUGUUCUCACUGCUGUUUCCGCCCUUUCUUAUCCUUCUACUUUCACUUGGGUGUCAAAAGAUUUGUAUGCUCCUGCACUUGGAGGGAUCAUGUUGUCUAUUGGAAUCAAACUCUCCAUUGAUGAUUUUGCUCUAGCCGUUCAGAGACCUUUGCCGUUAUCCAUUGCCUUUAUUGCACAAUACAUUCUGAAACCAGUACUUGGGGUGCUAAUAGCACAGGCGUUUGGCAUGCCUAGAAUGUUCUAUGCUGGUUUUGUCCUGAUGUCUUGUGUUUCUGGAGCUCAGCUGUCGAGUUAUGCUAGCUUCUUAAGCAAAAGUGAUGUGGCCUUCAGUAUACUGUUGACCAGCUCGACUACCAUUGCAUCUGUUCUUGUUACUCCUCCAUUAUCUGGCCUUCUCAUUGGCUCGGUUGUUCCCGUUGAUGCUGUUGCCAUGUCAAAAUCAAUAUUGCAGGUUGUUCUUGUUCCGGUAACUCUUGGCUUAGUAUUGAACACUUACGCAAAACCAGUUGUGUCCAUUCUUCAACCUAUCAUGCCAUUUGUUGCAAUGGUGUGCACUUCAAUGUGUAUUGGCAGUCCUCUCGCGAUAAACCGGGCUCAAAUUCUUUCUGCCGAAGGUGCAAAAUUGAUUGGUCCUGUAUUGGCAUUUCAUGCUGUCGCUUUCUCCUUGGGUUAUUGGAUCUCCAAAAUUCCAGUAUUUAGGUUCAAUGAAGAAAUCUGCAGGACAAUCUCACUAUGCACCGGUAUGCAAAGUUCAACGCUGGCAGGGCUGCUUGCAACUCAAUUCCUCGGGAGCACUCAAGCAGUUCCACCUGCAUGCUCCGUGGUCGCCAUGGCAAUCAUGGGUCUCUGUCUCGCAUCUUUCUGGGGCAGUGGAUACCGGAUCAGAGAUUUACCCUCUCGUCUCAUCCCACGAGCUGGUUCUGCUGUCAGACCUUGAUGACUGGUAGUAGCGUGUGUGUGUCCUCCCGAGCUAAACUGGUAGAAGGGCAUCCAAGACAAGAUCUUACGACGAAGAUAACCAUGAUAGGAGGUAAGAUCUCGAGUAAAUACAUUCAGUAGCGGACAUAUACUAGGUUUUGUUAGGGUAAUGAAGGAGGAGACACAAUAUAUUGACUGAAAAGUGUACAGUUUUCUCCUAUUGUACUUAGGCUGUUAGCCAGUUCAGUUGUAGAAAUAGAAAUGCAUAUUAAUAUGGUUCUAACUGCAAUAUUAUGAGCUCAGUCCAGGGACAUUGUUCAUUGCA